AUGGGCCAGCACAGGCAGGUGGAAAUCCUUGAUUGGAAGACAAAGAAACAGCUAUGCUUCCUAGAUAAGGUGGAACCAAAUGCCACAAUUAGGGAGAUCAGAUUGAUGUUCCAUAAAUUAUAUCCCCGGUGGUAUCCAGCAAGGCAGUCGAUAAAACUUGAUCCAAAAGGAAAGUCCCUGAGGGAUGAGGAAAUCCUGCAGCACCUCCCUGUUGGCACAACUGCUACCUUAUACUUUAAAGAUUUAGGGCCACAGAUAGGAUGGACUACGGUAUUUUUGAUAGAAUAUACAGGUCCAUUGUUCAUCUAUUUUCUGUUUUAUUUCCGCAUGCCUUUUGUCUAUGGACUGGAUGAGAGGUUUACAUCAAGCCCGCAUCCAGUAGUUAACUUGGCAUGUAUCUGCCAUUCUUUCCACUACAUCAAAAGGUUGAUUGAAACAGUAUUUGUUCAUCGGUUCUCCCAUGGGACUAUGCCACUGAGGAAUAUUGUGAAGAACUGCUUGUAUUACUGGGGAUUUGCAGCUUGGCUUGCUUAUUACAUCAAUCAUCCUCUUUACACUCCUCCUUCUUAUGGGAAAAAACAGAUAAAUUUUGCUGUGAUCAUGUUUCUGCUCUGUGAAGCUGGAAAUUUUUCCAUUCACGUUGCGCUCAGCGACCUCCGGAGAAAUGGAUCCAAAACCCGUAAGAUCCCAUAUCCAACAAAGAAUCCUUUCACAUGGCUGUUUUUCUUUGUAUCUUGCCCUAACUAUACAUAUGAGGUGGGGACCUGGAUCAGUUUCACUAUCAUGACUCAGUGUGUUCCAGUGGGGCUGUUCACCUUGCUUUGCUUCAUUCAGAUGACAAUUUGGGCAAAGGAUAAACACUGCACCUACCUACGAGAAUUCAAGGAUUAUCCAAGUCUUCGAAUGCCAAUUAUUCCCUUUUUGUUGUAAGAAAAAAGGUUUGAUGUGAAACUUCAAGAAAAAGCUCAUAAGCCUCCUGCCAACUAAGUGAAGUAAUUUAAAGG